GUCUCAGCGGCUGCUUGUGAAUACCAAAACCUAUCUAAUUCAGUUCUGUGAGCAGACGGGGAGAAAAGUUUGCCUUCGGUUGUUUUUGGGAAGAACAUGUCAUUUGCCGCUGUUUUAAAAGGACGCCCAAUUGAACUACUGUCACAUGUUCCGAUAUGGCAAUAUGUAGAAAGCAAAGUGAAGAACUUCAGUUCUAAAGUUGCCCAGGUGGAUGCAGAAACUAAAAGAGAAAUUACAUUUGCAGAGAUCCUUGACAAGAGCAAGGAACUGGGGGUAAAGUUGGCAGCUCAAGGGGUAGCAUAUGGAGAUGUGGUAGCUAUUUGUAGUGAGAACAAUCUUGACUACUGCUGGAUUGUCCUGGGAGUUCUCUGGACUGGAGCAAGCUGUGCACUGCUCAGUCCAACGUACACAGCAAGAGAAUGGGAACAUGCCUUGUCAAUCUCAAGGCCUAAGUUGGUAAUGUGCUCAAUGUCCGUAUGUGAGACGAAACUGGAGCAAUACUUGAAGUCAAGCAACGUGAAACAAGUGCUAGUUUGGGAUUCCAAGGGCAAAUCACUACCAGAGCACACAAUAUCCUUGGAAGAGAUUUUAGAUGGUACACCAAUUGCAUGCAUGCAAAAGAAAAAACAAAGGAAUAUUUGCAUUGGAAAUGCACUUGUUGUUACUCAGGAUUCAGAAGAGGAACAUAAAGCUGGUAAAAAGAAAACCAAAGAUCAUCCAGCUUUUAUACUGAGCUCAAGUGGAUCUACUGGUCUUCCAAAAGGAGUUGUGUUAACACAUUUUAAUAUUACAACAGCUUUAACCACAAGCACGGACUAUACCAGCUGUAUUGAGAUCGCACUAGGAGUGCCACCGUUCUGUCAUGCAUACGGUCUACUUCUGGUGCUUAUGUGCAUGUGUGAAGGAACUCGUGUUGUGGUGGUACGUAAGUUUAAGCCAGACCUCUUCAUUCGAUCCAUCGAAGAACAUAAGGUAACUUGUUUGUAUUUAGUGGCUUCUUUGUUAGUGUUUCUCGUGAAGCGGGAUGUGUUAGAUAAACCUGAAUUCAGCUCUGUACGACACAUCUGGACGGGGGCUGCACCUUUAAGUCCCAAACUUCAGCAGUUGGUGCUACAGAAACUGGCUGGACGUGCACUGCUGCAUCAUUCGUAUGGGUUAACAGAAACAACAUUCACAAUGUUCACCUGCACAGUUGAUAAUUUCAGGCUGGGAACACCGGGAAAAGUCACACCUGGAAUGGAAUGCAAGGUUGUUGAUGUGGAAACUGGUAAAAUGAUUGGCCCCAACCACACGGGUGAGCUCUGUUUCCGGGGCCCACUCAUCAUGAAGGAAUACGUGAUGAAUACUGAAGAAACCCAAAAAGCAAUUGACAAAGAUGGAUGGUUCCAUUCUGGUGAUUUAGGAUAUUGUAAUGAAGAUGGAUAUUUCUAUGUUGUGGAUCGACUGAAGGAGCUGAUAAAAUAUCAAGGGUAUCAGGUAUCACCGAGUGAAAUUGAAUCCAUUCUUGUGAUGCAUUCAGCUAUUCAGGAUGCAGCUGUCAUUGGUAUUGAGGAUGAAACAUAUGGAGAACUACCAGGAGCUGUCAUUGUCAGAGAACCUGAUACACAAAUAACAGAAGAUGAAAUAAAGGACUAUGUUGCUUGUCAGGUUUCACCAUAUAAAAGACUAAGUGGAGGUGUGUGGUUUGUUAAUUUUAUUCCAAAGACUACUACUGGUAAAAUCAACAGAAGAGAACUGAGAAAAUCGAUUGACAUGCUAUCUUAGCUUUACAUUUGCUUUUAAUUAUGAAACAGGUUUUCUUUAAAAUUAAAACUUUUAUUGUCUAAUUUUAGAUUUCAUAGACAUUCUGCAAUGUGUAAUUAAAAUGUGUUUAAAAUUGAA